UCCAAACAUACUGUUAGUACUCAUCCUCUUCUUCUUCUGCUCUCUCUCUCUCUGUAAACCCUAAACUCUCUCUCUAACUUUUCUCUCAUUUCCGCCAUGAAAAUACCAGAAAACGACGACGACAACAACAACAACGAACCCAUCAACCUUCUUCUCCAAUCCCUCCUGGACUCAAUACCCCACACCCAGAACUUCAAAUCCAAAUGGUCUCUCAUCAGAACCAAACUCGCCGAUCUCAAAUCCCAACUCUCCGACCUCUCUUCCUUCCCCACCAACUCUCUCGCUCUAGACCUCCUCUCCUCCGCCUCCUCCACCCUCUCCGCCGCCCUCUCUCUCUCCUCCACCUGCCAAAAUCCCACCCUCCCCCACGGCAAGCUCCGCACCCAAAACGACGUCGACUCCAUCUCCGCCCGCCUCGACCGCCUCAUAGCCGACGCCCACGUCCUCAUCAAGAGCGGCGUUCUUCACGACGCCGCCGCCGCCGUCGCUGUCUCCAGCUCCAAGAGGGAGUGUGUGAGGGUGGAGGCGAGGAAUUUGAUUACUCGGUUGCAGAUUGGGACGACCGAGUCGAAAAACUCGGCGAUGGAUUCGAUGCUAGGGCUUCUUCAGGAAGAUGACAAGAACGUGUUGAUCGCGGUGGCUCAGGGGGUGGUUCCGGUGCUCGUGCGUUUACUGGAUUCGAGCUCUUCGCCGGAGAUCAAGGGGAAAACCGUCACCGCCAUUUCUAGGGUUUCGACUGUCGAUUCGAGCAAACACGUUUUAGUCGCCGAGGGAUUGCUUCUUCUGAACAAUCUCCUUCGAAUCGUCGAAUCGGGAAGUGGAUUCGCCAAGGAAAAAGCUUGUAUUGCGCUCCAAUCGCUGAGCCAUUUGAGGGAAAACGCGAGGGCAAUUGGGUCCAGAGGUGGAAUCUCCUCUCUCCUUGAGAUUUGCCAAGCUGGAACUCCGAGUUCUCAGGCGGUCGCCGCCGGAGUACUCCGGAAUUUGUCGAUUUUCCCGGAAAUCAAAGAGAACUUUAUAGAAGAAAAUGCGAUUUCGAUUCUUCUCUCGCUUUCAGCUUCUGGCACGAGCUUCGCGCAAGAGAAUUCAAUUGGGUGUUUGUGUAAUUUAGUAUCGGAUGAUGAUGAUCAAUUGAAGCUGUUCAUUGCUAGAGAAGGUGGGAUUGAGAGUCUGAAGAAUUUCUGGGACUCCGCUCCGACUCCUCGGAGUCUCGAAGUCGCUGUAGAACUGUUGAGAAACUUAGCCUCAUGUCCAUUGAUCUCUGAAGUUAUUGUUUCAGAUGGGUUCGUAAACCGAAUCGUAUCGGUACUGAAUUGUGGGGUUUUGGGAGUGAGAAUUUCAGCUGCUAAUGCUGUUUGCGAGCUUGGUUUCAACACGAAAACCCGAAAAGAAUUGGGCGAAUUGGGGUGCAUUCCGCCAUUAAUUUCGAUGUUGGAAGGUAAGGCGGUGGAGGAGAAAGAAUCGGCGGCGAAAGCUUUGGCUUCGCUGAUGGGUUAUGCCGGAAAUCGGAGGAUUUUCAGAAAGGAAGAGAAAGGGAUUGUUAGUACAGUUCAGCUUCUAGACCCUUCAACAACACAGAAUUUGGAUAAGAAAUACCCUGUUUCUGUAUUGCAAUCGCUUGUUCAUUCCAAGAAGUGUCGUAAACAGAUGAUCGCUGCUCGGCCUCAUGAUUUCUUGCAAAAACUAGUUGAAAUGGAUGUUGAGGGAGCUAAGAAGCUCUUGGAGAGCCUCGGCCGGAGCAAAAUUUGGGGCGUUUUCGCACGAUCGUAGAAGAAGAAGAUGAUUGAGGACACACUCACUCUGUAUGUACAAUAGAUUGUCUUGUUUUGAUUAUGUUUUUUUAGCUAUUUAUUUAUGGUUUUUUAGUGAUUCUGUUCAUAAUUGCUGUUUGAAUUUUGUGAUAGAUUAGUAGUAAAUGUUGGGUAGUAUAAUUACUGGUGAAAGGUUUCUGUUUUGGAGAUGUGUAAUCUCUAUUUGGUGAGCUAACUCGAUUCGAGUUUCAUGUUUUUUUUUUUUUUCCUACCAAAAAUCAAUAAAUUAAUAAUGAUGUUUUUACUUUGAGUUCA